AUGUUCCAGCCGCGCCUGCGCGCUCGGGUCCGGCGUUGUCUAGGAAACCGACGCCAUGUGGGCUCCAGCGCCGUGUGGGCUCCAGCGCGGAGUGGCGGAGUCGCGGAGCCGGCAUGGCGGACACCGGGGCGCAGUUUCGCAGCGGUGUCGACCAUCUCCUUCUUUAAACACGCCUUUCUGACGGCGGCGGCCGGGUUCGAGAUGGACGGCUGGGUCCCGGAGGCACCGGGAGCGGCUGGCGGUUCGGAAGAAGUCGAUUACGAGGUCCAGCCGGAGGAGGAGCGGCGAGGGCGGCCAGGGGCGGCCGGGUUCCGGUUACCGGUGCUCGGCGAGGGGGCGAGGCUGGGCGGCUGCGGUUCUGAAGCCGACCCGGCUCUGAGUUUCCUCCGCCUGCUGUGGGACCCGAACCGGGCCGGGGCCGAGCCAGCGGCGGGGAACCCGAGCCGAGCGGAACCGAACCGGCUGGGCAAGAUCGGGGUGAGCCGAAUCAAGAGGCGCGUCAGGACGCACCGAGCCCCGGGACCGACCGGGAAGGACGUGUUCGGUACGGGGGGGGGUGCGCAUGAAGAAUUGCGCGAGGCAGCGAAUGGAAACGACGUUGAAACAGUGGAGAGGUUGCUGAGGGAGGACACUGAUGCCUGCUCCGCGGAUGAUAAGGGCCGCACAGCGCUCCACUUCGCCUCCUGCAACGGGAACGAGCAGAUCGUCCAGUUGCUGCUCUCUCACGGCGCCGACCCAAACCAGCGCGAUGGACUCGGAAACACAGCACUGCACUUAGCUGCCUGCACUAACCAUGUCCCCGUGAUCACAGCCCUGCUGAGAGGAGGCGCUCGCGUGGACGCCCUCGACCGGGCUGGAAGGACCCCUCUGCACCUGGCCAAGUCCAAACUGAACAUCCUGCUGGGGGGCCAAUCACAGAGCCUGGAGGAGCUGCGGAGCGAAGUGAGACAGAUUAUUCAGAUGCUUCGUGAGUAUCUGUCUCGGCUCGGUCACUCUGAUGAGAGAGAGAGACUGGAUCAGCUGAGCAGCCGUCUGCACAGAACCAGAACCAGAGAGCAGGUUGAUGAGGUCACAGACCUGCUGGCCAGCUUCACUUCACUCAGCCUGCAGAUGCACAGCCUGGAGGAGCGGUAGAGAGAGAGAGAGAGAGGAGAGGAGAGGAGAGGAGAGAGAGAGGAGAGAGAG